GUCUAAACCUCCGCCAAGACACCACACAGUUCACAGUCGACGGCGGCAGAUCAUGCCUCGAUCAGCACCCACGACGGCCGCAUCCAUCGAGGAGCGGCGGCAUUCCGAGUCCCUCCGCAAACGAAAGUACCGCGCGGGGAAGCGCACCGAGCUCAUCCAGCUCGAGACCGAGCUGCGAACACUGCAGGACCAACUGGCGUACCUCACGGCACCGCGGUCGUCGUCGAGCUUGUUUCCGUCGACCACUCCACCUCCCGCCAUCAUUGCCCGACGCUACAACGAAUCUCUAAAGGCCCAAGUAACUCUACAACGCCGACUCGCUCGUACCAUGUCCCUCUGGACAGCGACUCAGCAACCUCGACUCGGCCCAAUAAUGCGUUCGUCGUGGAUGCAGUCCACGCUUUUGGCGAAUCCAGCGGCGCGGCAGCAAGGCUACCGAUGGCUCAGCGAUCGUGUGUUGCAUACGUCCCAGCGCCAUCCCCAUCCGUUUGGCGAUGCCGUGGCCGACCGCGUGAGCGUCGUCGCGCAUCGAGGCGAAGACACGGACGGCGCCACUGUCGCCGCCAUCGAAGGCCAUUACCAAUUCACAGCAUUCGGGGACUUUCGCCACGUGAGCCAGCGCCUCUGGGUCGCCAAUAUCGCACCCACCGCGGUCACCGUCAUCCAAAUGCUGGACGACCAGCCGAUAGACGGGCUCAUGUAUUACCACUCGACCAACCUGGUCACAAACGUGCGAGUGAUUGCGCGGCAGUACAUUGAAGCCAGUCGCGUGGUCCUCACGUACACGUAUCUAGCCCACGACGAGUGCUUUCCCAUGAUACCUGGAGCUCGUGAAUGGCGGCCGCACGGGUUUGCAUGGACGAUUGUCGAGCACGUAACGGACCAAGUAUCGUUGGUGCGGCACUCCAACUUGCAGUACACCCCUGUGACCAGCCAAGGCGUGGCGUCGCUGGCAGAGAUUGCGCAACUGUUUCGAAGUCCGUUUCCCGAAUCGGAUGGUCAGAGUCCACUGAGAAAUCGAGAAGCACGGGUCGUGCAGUUGCAAAGCGCGGCUGAAGCCAUGUUCACACACAUGUACACGAACAUCCUGCGUCGUCUCAACCAAAUGUUUGGGCCGUCGUAGAUAGUAGUAUAAUUAACGUGUGAAAAGUGCA